AGGAUUUGAGAUGCUCAACGCGUAUAUUGAAUGAAAAGUUUGAAAAAAUGAGUGAGUCAAAGAAGGCCAUCAUUUAGGAAUUAGGAUUUGGUGGUCUAAUGCAUAUCCCGCCGAUGAAUGUGCCACACAAAUUGUUGAAGGAGUUGGCUAAUUCCUUUAAUUUGGACAAAAACAAAUUGGACACAAGGUAUGGUUCGUUGAAAAUUAAACCCAAAAAAAUAGGAGCUGCCCUUGCCUUCAAUGCAUCAGGAGACCAUUUUCUCAAAAAAGUGAGUUUUAAAGAACUUUAUGAGGAGAACAAAGAGAUUUUUAGAAGGUUCCAGGAAAAAACAUUAAAGAAUUUGACCGAUCAGAUGAUGGAUAUCGGUGUUGAUAACGAUCAAGAUCGCUUAAUGUUCAAAAGGAUUUUCAUCCUCUAUAAUCAAAUGGCGUUCUUGUUGCUAACUACCAUAAACAAAGUAUCUCCUGUCCAUCUAACUCUAAUUUUUCAACUUGAUAACAUAACGGAGUGCAACUAGAGUAGCCGUGUCUUCAAUUUCAUCAUCAAAGGCAUAACCAAUUAUCGUUUGAAAAAGAAAAAAAUCAAUUGAUGGCUGCCUCUAUACCUUGAUGAUAGUAUAUUUUCAUCUAACAAAACACACAGACAAGAAAGGAGAAGCAAAUCCCUGGACUGCCUUGGGUUAGCCAUUGGAAUAGGAAACUACUGGUUGCGAUGAUCAGAGCAAAAAUUGAUGGUUGUACGGUAAUUGAAUAGAAUACUUUCUCUAAUUUAGGUAUAUUUUAUUUAUGUAGAUGGUGUAAACUAACGUUUAACUGUUUCAGGGCA